AUGGAGGCUUGGGAAGCCAUCGUGGAGCCCGGCGCCCGGGUUUUCGUGCGGACGGCGCGGCAUCCCACGCUCGAGGGCUUGCCCCCGCACGUCUCCCUGACCACGUUCGAUCACGUGUACGAAGCGACGAAACGGCUGGAGGAUGUCUACCCCGCCAUCGCCGCGGAGCUCCUCGACGUGGCGAAAAUCGCAGCCACGACCGCCGCCGCAACCGCCGACGACGACGGCGAGGACGAUGCCGGCGACGGCGUGGACGACGGGGAGGACGACGGAAUUUUCGGCGACGGCCAGGACGACGAUAUCUUCGCGUCCUUCGCCCUUGAGGACGGCAGCGACGUGGUGACGUCGCAUCGCACGCCGCGCUCGCGUCGCAUCGUCUACGCCGUCCCCGGGGAUCCGUGCGUCGCUGAAAAUUCCGUCGCCAUCCUUCGCGAGCGCGCCAACGCCGCCGGCGUCAAGGUGACGACGUUGCCCGGGGUUUCCUUCCUCGAGCCGACGCUCGCGGCGAUCGGCGUGGACGUCAUGCCAUCCCUUUCAAUCGUCGACGCCAUCGACGUGGCGAGGAGCGCGCACGCCGUCGGCGUGAACUGCGACUCGCCAACCUUGCUCUGCCAGCUCCACUCCAACGCGGUGGCGUCCGACGUGAAGCUCACUUUGAUGGCGCAGUUCCCGGAAGACCACCCGUGCGUGCUGGUGCACGCCGCGGGAACGGCGGAGCAAGUGGUGGAGCGCGUGCCGCUGCACGAGAUGGACAGGAGCGAGCACGUGGGCAUCCUAUCGAGCGCGUACUUGCCCGCGAUCAACGUGGGGAGUAGUAGUGACGGCGACGACGACGGUACCCCCGGGGCGGGCGGGUUCGGAGGGGCGUCGGUGGAGGCGCUGCUGGACGCGGUGGGGCGCGUACGGGGGCUCGACGUCGACUCUGAGCCCGCGCCGCCGUCGUACAUGAUGGGGGAAGGCGACGCGGUCGGGGACGAUGGCGACGAUGGCGACGAUGGCGAUGGGGACGAGGAGGCUCGGUUUGUGGACGACUUCGAGGGCAGAGGUUUCCUAACCCAGGCGGACGACGUCUGGCUGUCCGCGGACCACGCGGAUCCAACCGCGGUCGAGGCGUUGCGCGCGGCGGCGAAUGAGGCGGUGAGGUGCGCGGAGGAUGACGCGGACCCCGAGGAUCGCGCGCGAGCGAUGGGGCGGCUGCUGGCGCACGUGUCUCUGCACGUUUCCAUGGCGAGCGAGGCUGGGGAAUACGCGAUGCGCGACGUGGUGAGACACGCCGUCGAAGCCGUUCGUGAGGCGUGA